GUUGUUUGGAUUCGCGGGGCUCCGUCGUGACGUCACACGGGGAAACCGUCUAGGGCAAGAUGGCGUCGGAACCAAACAAGACGGAGAUCUUAACUAUUUUUAAACGUUUAAGAUCUGUUCCGACAAACAAGGUUUGUUUCGACUGCGCUGCCAAGAACCCGAGUUGGGCCAGCAUUCCGUACGGUGUGUUCUUGUGCAUUGACUGUUCCGGGGUUCACCGGUCUCUUGGGGUCCACCUCAGCUUCAUCAGGUCCACUGAGCUGGACUCGAACUGGAGCUGGUUCCAGCUUCGAUGUAUGCAAGUGGGAGGAAACAGCAACGCUACGGCGUUCUUCCGGCAGCACGGCUGCUCCACCAACGACACCAGCGCCAAGUACAACAGCCGGGCGGCCCAGAUGUAUCGGGACAAGAUCCGGCAGCUGGCCAACACCGCUAUGUCCAAAUAUGGAACUGAUCUGUGGAUAGAGUCGUCAACAGGGGGCGGCACCACUGUCGCUGAGAAGAAGGAGACAGACUUCUUCACUGAACACAUCCAGCUUGGUAGUGAUGACUGGACUGUCGCACCAGCUGCUGAAUCGGACCUGAACCGAGCCGCUGUCACCUCUCAGUCCGACACCAUCCAGUCUGAGGACGGACCUUGCACGGACGGACUCUGCACCUCGCCCAAAACCGCAACUGAAGUGAAGCCGUACAUCAUCGGGAAAAAGAAGCCGGCGGCGGCCAAGAAGGGGCUGGGGGUGAAGAAGGGACUUGGGGCGCAGAAGGUCAGCAGCCAGAGCUUCUCUGAGGUGGAGAAACAAGCUCAGGUGGCCGAGAAGCUGCGCGAGGAGCGGGCUGCUGAAGCCAAGAAGGAGGCGGAGCAGUCCAUAGUGGAGUCCAUGCGUCUGGCCUACAAGGAGCUGGAGCUGGACAGGAAGUUGGAGGACAAGAAACUUCAGAAUUUGGAGGAGAAAAAGAGGAAGCAGGCGGAGAGGCUGGGGAUGGGCUUCGGAAGCAGGAGUGCCGUGUCUCACUCCGUGAUGUCAGAGAUGCAGGUGAUCGAGCAGGAAAGUCCAGUGGGAGCCAGGACCUCCUCGUCCUGCUCCAAGCUGGACCUGUUUGAUGAGCCGGGCUUUGCUUCCGGACCCCCCAAGUACAAGGACAACCCGUUCACUGUGAGGGACACCUUUGGUUCUGGGUGGGACGCCGAUGGCGGCUCCGCCUCCUCCUUCGCUGCGUCCUGGUCUCUGGAGAAAGAGGAGCCCAAAGACGACGUGACCAUCUCCAGCAUCCAGCCCAUCGGAGACCGUCUCCCCAGCAGGAGGAAAGCCGACAUCGCUCCGGUGUCGGAGUCCAGCGAGGCGCGGCAGAAGUUCGCCAACGCCAAAGCCAUUUCCUCCGACAUGUUCUUCGGUCGUGAGAGCAGCGCAGAGUAUGAAGCAAAGACGAGACUGGAGAGCUUCUCCGGAAGUUCUGCCAUCAGCUCCGCCGAGUUUUUCGGGGACGGCAGCGAUCAUCGAGGCCGCUCCUCAGGCCUGGACAGCGUCCUUCCUUCUGCUCCAGACAUCGCACAGUUCAAACAGGGCGUGAAGACCGUGGCGGGCAGGAUGGCCGUCCUCGCCAACGGGGUCAUGAACACAAUCCAGGUGAGUCGCUGCACAGUCGUGACAGCAGGAGCUGAGUGCAGACUUUAACUAAAAAUACGUUCGGUUUGUAGGACCGUUAUGGCGCUUACUGACCAGCAGGGGGAGCAGACGAGACGACCGAGAGGAAAAAUCUUAGUUUGUCCAUAUUUACUUUUUUUUUUUUUUUGGUCCUUCAGAUUUUCAAAUGUUUAUUUUCUCUGAACUCAUUUUUUUGUUCCAUUGUGAAAUACAAACCUGCAGCAUGUAAAAGCUUUUAAUUUAAAGAUUAUGACAAUAAAAACAUCUGCUGACUCGUGAA